CUGGCUGAGACAGCCAUCAUUCUACCAGGUGGCAUUGCUUUAUAUGUCCACCAGAUUGAUAGUGAACCUGUCGCAAACAUACAUAUCCAUGUAUCUCACCUACACACUACUGCUGCCAAAGAAGUACAUAGCUACCAUUCCCCUGGUCAUGUUCCUAAGUGGCUUUGCUUCCUCGUUUAUCAUGAAGCCUCUAAGCAAGCUAAUAGGCAAAUGUAUGAUCUAUUUUUUGGGACUGUUGCUGGUUCUUGCGUUCUCCUGUUGGGUGCUGCUGGACAAACACAUGGGAGAAAAGGUGUAUGGCGCUGCGGUCUUGCUCGGAGUGGGGUCCGCUACCAUCCUGGUGAUGUCACUUGCCAUGACAGCUGAACUCAUAGGAGACCAAACACAAAGUGGUGCUUUUGUUUAUGGAGCUAUGAGCUUCACAGACAAGGUGGCUAAUGGUCUGGGAGUUAUGAUUAUUCAGACGCUACAUCCCUGCCGCACAAUGGUAUGCUGUCCAGGCUGUGUGUGGUAUUAUCACUCUAUCAUGGUCAUCGUCACUGGUGGAGUGGCCGUUUUAGCAGCGCUGAGCCUCUGCACAAUCCUUAUCUGGCCUAUAAAGAUAGUGCACUAUCUGCCUGAGGUGACUGGCCUUAUGGGGAGUGAUACAGAGGACUCGGAGAGCUCUGAGCAGCCAUCAGUCAACUGAACACACAUCUUCAGCUCUGAUGCAGAGAGCGUUUGGUUGACACUUACAUCACAGUGGUGAAGGUUAGCAAUCAGGUUUUGGUUCAGAAUGAUCUUUCACACAGGCCAGUGUUUGCUAAUGUAGUCUAUAUGGUGGCCACAUGUUAACACAUGAGAGAAUUUCACUGAGAGCCAAAUAUGUGGUGAAUUUUUAGAGGUGAUUAGUUGAUAUUACUCAUGUGUCCUGUAUUGUGGCUUUUUAUCUCAUAGUUCUCACUUAACCCAGCAGUCUGCAUAGACACUUUAUCUUUAUUAUGCACAAUUGUUUUCAAUCAAGUCCAUAAAAACAAGGGAAUUAAUUUUUAUAAGGACUCAAAACUAUUGACAUUAUUAUGAAGUUAGUGCAAGAUGCACAUGUUAUGAUGGAUGCAUCAUUUCAGGUUAUAUUAAUAAAUCCAUCUAACUGUUCCAUAAGGGAAUUCAUGAAAAGGGAAGAAUUGCUAUUUUAAAUCAGGGGACAUGAAGCCAUGUGUUGUCGUUCCAGGGCAUAUUUUCAGGUGUGAGAUACAUGGGUUAUCAAUGUUAGGGACCAGAGAGUCAGUGAUGAGCAUUUUUUCCCCCUGUAACCACUAGCUUUUUGUUUUCUUUCAUAUUUUUAUAUAUGCAUAAUUGUUUUCAUAUGCAAGACAAUUGUGUCUGACAUGUUUUCUGUUCAUGUAAUUUACUGAACAGAAUAAAUGUUCUUUAUGAACAGAGUUGAUACAUUGUAACUUGUCUUUGUGACUAGUUACUGAUUAGCAGGAAUGCAGUGUCAGUGUGAGUAGUUUUAACAUCUGGUCAGCUGAUCUAACGUGAUGCUCAAGGCUUUAAACACUUCAAAUAAAUUGUAAAGACUGACGCUCAAAUGUACCUGGAAUGAAUUAAAUAGUCAAUUGUAGUGGAACCAAUCAACAAAAUCAGUAUGCUUGUAAA